AUGAAAGGAAGAAAUGGCAGUAUAGAAUCGCCAGGCUUUCCCUACGGCUACCCGAAUGGGGCAAACUGCACGUGGGUCAUUGUUGGGGAGGAAGGAAGUAGAAUCCAGCUCAUGUUCUUGUCGUUUGCCAUAGAAGAAGAAUAUGACUUCCUGUCCUUGUAUGAUGGACAUCCCCAUCCUGCUAACUUCAGGACCAGGUUAACAGGCUUCCAAGUUCCUCCCCCUGUCACCAGUACGGGAAAUGUCUUCUCUUUGAGGUUGACCAGUGACUUUGCCGUCUCUGCACAUGGCUUCAAACUCAACUAUGAAGAGCUGCACAGUUCAUCUUGUGGAAACCCUGGCAUCCCACCCAAGGCAGUGCUAAGUGGCGGCGGACGAUUUGCUGUGGGAGACCGUGUGCGGUACAGCUGUGUACCUGGUUAUGUCUUAGACGGCCAUGCCACACUCACCUGCAUCACUAAUGCUGGAAACACUGCCGUCUGGGACUUUCCUGCUCCAAUUUGUCGAGCUGAGGACACAUGUGGGGGCACUGUGAGGGGCGGCAGUGGGGUGGUGACCAGUCCCGGUUACCCCGGCAACUAUGGUAACCAGGCCGACUGUACUUGGAUCCUAUUGGCCGAACCUGGAGACACCAUCUCUGUCAUCUUUACAGACUUCCAGACAGAGGAGAAAUAUGACUACCUGGAAGUAGAGGGAUCUGAACCACCAACCAUUUGGUUGUCAGGCAGUAAUGUCCCCUCUCCCAUCGUUAGCAACAAGAACUGGCUCCGACUGCAUUUUGUGACUGAUAGCAACCACCGUUACCGUGGUUUCAGCGCCCAUUAUCAAGUGAAGCGAUCAGUAGAUUUUAAAUCGCGGGGCGUUAAAUUAUUCCCUGGCAAAGACUCCAGCAACAAGUUUUCAAUAUUAAAUGAAGGUGGUGUGAGACAGGCAUCUAACUCUUGCCCUGACCCAGGAGAGCCAGAGAAUGGAAAACGCCAUGGCAACGACUUUAGCAUUGGCAGUGUGGUUCAGUUCACUUGUGGAGAGGACUAUGUUCUUCAGGGCAGUAAAACCAUCAGCUGCCAGAGAGUGGCUGAAGUCUUUGCAGCCUGGAGUGACCACAGACCAGUAUGUAAAGUGAAGACAUGUGGCAGUAAUCUUCAAGGACCGUCAGGAACCUUCAUGUCUCCUAACUUCCCAAUUCAAUAUGAGAGCAACGCACAGUGUGUCUGGAUAAUUACAGCUUCAAAUCCUAAUAAGGUAAUCCAGAUCAACUUUGAGGAGUUUGACUUGGAGAUAGCGUAUGAUACCCUGACGAUAGGCGAUGGAGGGGAGGUGGGAGAUCCUACAACUAUACUACAGGUCCUAUCAGGUAGCUUUGUUCCUGACCUGAUUGUCAGUAUGACCCACCAGAUGUGGCUUCACCUACAGUCAGAUGAAAGUGUCGGAUCUAUAGGAUUUAAGAUCAACUAUAAAGAAAUAGACAAGGAGAGUUGUGGCGACCCUGGAACUCCUCUCUAUGGAAUAAGGGAAGGGGACAGUUUUUCAAAUGGAGGGAUUCUUAGGUUUGAAUGCCAGUUUGGCUUCGAGCUGAUUGGAGAGAGAACUAUCUCCUGCCAAGACAACAAUCAGUGGUCGGCAAACAUCCCCAUAUGCAUAUUCCCCUGCAUGUCCAACUUCACAGCUCCCUCAGGCACUGUCCUCUCCCCAGAUUACCCAGAAGGCUAUGGGAACAACAUGAACUGUGUCUGGCUCAUCCAAUCAGAGCCAGGAUCCAGAAUCCACUUGGCCUUUAAUGACUUUGACCUAGAGGCACCCUACGAUUCCCUAACAGUGAAAGAUGGUGAGACAAAUGAUGCCGGUGUCAUCGGGAGGUUCUCUGGAGCUGAGAGUCCUUCCCAUCUGACGUCCAAUACCAACACAUUGAGGCUAGAGUUUCAAGCUGAUCACUCCAUGUCAGGAAGAGGAUUUAAUAUCACUUAUAGCACAUUUGGCCAUAAUGAGUGCCCAGACCCUGGCAUUCCCAUCAACGCUCGCCGCUUUGGAGACAGUUUCCAGCUUGGCAGUUCCAUCUCUGUGGUCUGUGAAGUUGGUUUCGUCAAAAGCCAUGGAACCGAGACCAUCUCCUGUCAGUUAGAAGGAGGAAAAGUCAUGUGGAGUGGGCCAAUCCCUAAAUGCGAAGCUCCAUGUGGAGGCCACUAUUCAGCCCCCAGUGGAGUGAUUUUGUCUCCAGGGUGGCCUGGUUACUACAAAGAUUCCCUCAGCUGUGAGUGGGUGAUUGAAUCAGAACCUGGUCGCUCCAUCAAAAUCACAUUUGACAGAUUCCAGACAGAGCUGGGUUAUGACUUCCUCGAGAUCCACGAUGGACCCAACGUCGUGGCUCCUUUGAUUGGAUCUUUUAAUGGGACCCAGGUGCCACAGUUCCUGUUCAGCAGCACCAAUUCUCUGUAUCUGUUCUUUACCACUGAUAGCAGCCGAUCGAAUGCUGGCUUCAAAAUAUUAUAUGAAAGUGUCACAGUGGACAGCUACUCAUGUCUGGACCCUGGUAUCCCUGUCAAUGGUAUUCGGUAUGGACAGGACUUCUCCAUAGGAUCCACAGUGUCAUUUGGUUGUGAUUCUGGCUACAGACUCAGCCAUGAAGAGCCGCUAGUAUGUGAAAAGAACCACUGGUGGAGCCACCCUUUACCUACAUGUGACGCUCUAUGUGGCGGAGAUGUUAGAGGUCCCUGGGGAACCAUCCUUAGCCCCGGCUAUCCAGACAGCUACCCUUCAUCUCUCAACUGUACCUGGACUGUUGAAGUCAGCCAUGGGAAAGGAGUCCAGUUUCAAUUCAGUUCUUUUCAUCUGGAGGACCAACACGACUACCUCUUGGUUACUGAGAAUGGGAGUUUCCUGCAACCACUGGCUCGCCUGACCGGCAAUGAGUUGCCUAGCAACAUCAAUGCUGGUCUCUAUGGCAACUUCAAAGCCCAACUACGAUUCAUCUCUGACUUUUCUAUUUCAUAUGAGGGCUUCAAUAUAACUUUCUCUGAAUACACCUUGGAGCCAUGUGAGGACCCUGGUAUGCCGAGGUUCGGCAGGAGAAACGGCUACAGUUUUGGUGUUGGAGACACGCUAUCAUUUUCCUGCAAUAUGGGGUACCGCCUUGAGGGGGCGCCGGAGUUAAUCUGUUUGGGAGGUGGUCGAAGAAUGUGGAGUGCUCCUCUACCAAGAUGUGUUGCGGAGUGUGGUUCUUCAGUUAUAAACAAUGAGGGGAUCCUUCUCUCUCCAAACUACCCGAUGAACUAUGACAACAACCACGAAUGCAUCUACAGCAUUCAGGUGCAAGCUGGGAAAGGCAUCAACAUCUCUGCUAGAACAUUUCAUCUUGCCCAGGGAGAUAUACUCAAGAUUUAUGAUGGUAAAGACGACACAGCCCAAGUUCUUGGAGCCUUCACAGGGUCAUCUAUGCUGGGCCUGACCCUGAUCUCCACUUCAAACCAUCUGUGGCUGGAAUUUUACAGUAAUGCAGAACAUACAGGGGAAGGAUUCAAACUGGUCUACUCCAGUUUUGAGUUGUCUCACUGUGAUGACCCAGGCGUGCCUCAGUUUGGCUUCAAGGUCAACGAUCAAGGUCAUUUCUCCGGGAGCAGCAUCACAUACAGAUGCGAGCCCGGAUACACCUUGCAUGGAGCUUCCACGCUGAAAUGUAUGACAGGCGAAAGGAGAGCCUGGGAUAACCCUGUGCCUUCUUGUAUCGCUGAAUGCGGUGGUCGUUUUAAAGGUGAGUCUUCUGGGAGGAUUCUCUCCCCUGGAUACCCAUUUCCCUAUGACAAUAACCUACGGUGCACCUGGACCAUUGAGGUGGACUCAGGAAACAUUGUGAGUCUUCAGUUCUUGGCUUUUGAUACUGAAGCCAGCCACGACAUGCUAAAGGUUUGGGAUGGACCGCCUGAGAAUGAAAUGUCAUUGUCAGAGCUCAGUGGUUCUCUGCUACCCGAAGGAAUCCACUCUACACUGAACACUGUCACUGUUCAAUUUGAGACUGAUUUUUACAUCAGCAAAUCAGGAUUCGCUAUUCAGUUCUCUAGCUCAGUAGCUACAGCCUGCAGGGACCCAGGGGUACCGAUGAACGGCAGUCGUAGUGGAGAUGGCCGUGAGCCGGGGGAUUCGGUGUCCUUUCAGUGUGACCCAGGGUACGAGCUCCAGGGGGACGACAAAAUCACCUGUAUACAAGUGGAUAACAGAUACUACUGGCAGCCCAGCCCGCCUGUCUGCCUAGCUCCUUGUGGAGGAAACCUGACAGGCUCCAAUGGAUUUAUACUGUCGCCUAACUACCCACAUCCCUACCCCCAUUCCAAGGACUGUGACUGGCUUAUUGCUGUCAACUCUGACUUUGUCCUGUCACUGGCCUUCAUCAGUUUCAACAUUGAGCCAAACUAUGACUUCCUGUAUAUCUACGAUGGUCCAGAUAGCAACAGUCCUCUGAUUGGUAGCUUCCAGGACAGCAAACUUCCAGAGCGGAUAGAGAGCAGUUCAAAUACCAUGCAUUUAGCAUUCCGCAGCGAUGGGUCUGUUUCUUAUACUGGCUUUCACCUGGAAUACAAAGCCAAACUGAGGGAAUCAUGUUUCGACCCAGGUGUGGUUCUGAAUGGGACCAGGUUGGGAUCCGAUUAUAAGCUUGGCUCUACGGUCACCUUCUACUGUGACGCUGGAUAUGUUUUGCAGGGCUAUUCUACUCUAACCUGCAGCAUGGGAGAUGACGGCAGACCUGGAUGGAACAGGGCAUUGCCUAGUUGUCAAGCUCCCUGUGGAAGUCGCUCUACAGGAUCAGAGGGGACUGUUUUAUCUCCAAACUUCCCCAGAAAUUACACCUCUGGACACACAUGUGUCUACUCUAUAUCUGUACCUAGAGAAUUUGUCCUCUUUGGUCAGUUUGUGUUGUUCCAGACCUCUCUAAAUGAUGUGGUAGAGAUCUAUGAUGGGCCCACACAACAAAAUACACUACUGUCAUCUCUCUCUGGGUCCCACUCUGGUGAGUCCCUCCCUCUGAGUUCGGGUAACCAGAUCACCAUCAAGUUUACUACAGUUGGACCAGAAACUGCUAAGGGCUUCCACUUUGUCUACCAAGCUGUACCUCGGACUAGCUCCACCCAGUGUAGUUCGGUCCCUGAGCCACGCUUUGGGAGACGUCUUGGCAAUGACUUUGCAGUUGGCUCCUUGGUGCAGUUUGAGUGCAAUCCUGGUUAUGUCCUGCAUGGCUCCACUGCUAUACGCUGUGAGAGUGUACCGGACAACCUGGCACAGUGGAAUGACACCCUGCCAACUUGUAUAGUUCCCUGUGGGGGUGUGCUGACCUCUCGUCGUGGAACCAUCCUGUCACCUGGUUAUCCAGAGCCUUAUGACAACAACCAGAACUGUGUGUGGAAGGUCUCGGUCCCAGAAGGAGCUGGAAUACAGAUACAAGUUGUGAGUUUUGCCACUGAACAUAACUGGGACUCUCUGGAUUUCUAUGAUGGUGCUGACAACCACGCACCAAGGCUGGGUAGCUACUCAGGCACCACCAUCCCACCUCUCCUGAACAGUACAUCUAAUAACCUCUAUCUCAGCUUCAGCUCUGAUAUUAGUGUCUCAGCUGCUGGUUUUCACCUGGAAUAUACAGCUAUUGGUUUGGAGUCAUGCCCAGAGCCCCAGACUCCAAACUAUGGAAUAAGACAAGGAGACAGAUUUAUGGUGGGAGAUGUUGUACAGUUUUCAUGUGAACAAGGAUACUCUCUUCAGGGAAAUGCCCAUAUCACCUGUAUGCCUGGACCUGUUAGGAGAUGGAACUACCCUGUACCACUGUGUCUUGCCCAAUGUGGUGGGUCCAUGACAGAUGUUAGUGGAGUGAUUUUGAGUCCUGGUUACCCCGGCAACUACCCCAGUGGAUUAGAUUGCACAUGGACAGUCAAUUUACCUGUCGGCUUCGGCAUCCAUCUUCAGUUUGUGAACUUCUCCACUGAAGCGAUCCAUGAUUACUUAGAGAUCCGUAGUGGAACACUGGAGACCGGCUCAGUCAUUGACCGAUUCAGCGGUCCUGUCAUCCCAAAACCUCUUUUCAGCACAACACACCAGACCAGCUUUUUCUUCCACAGUGACUAUUCACAAAACAAACCAGGCUUUCACAUCACGUAUCAAGCCUAUCAGCUCCAGAGUUGUCCCGACCCUCGUCCAUUUCGAAACGGGAUUGUGAUUGGCACAGAUUUCAGUGUUGGGAUGACGGUGUCGUUUGAAUGUCUGCCUGGAUAUUCUCUGAUCGGGGAGGCUUCACUGACAUGUUUGCAUGGAAUCAGCAGGAACUGGAACCAUCCACUCCCUCGAUGUGAAGCUCUCUGUGGUGGUAACAUCACAUCAUUAAAUGGAACCAUUUACUCUCCUGGUCACCCCGAGGAAUAUCCCAAUUUCCAGGACUGUGUGUGGAGUGUGAGAGUUCCUCCUGGACACGGGAUUUACAUCAACUUUACCGUACUUAGCACUGAGCCCAUAUAUGACUACAUUACUGUCUGGGAUGGUCCAGACCAGUCAUCUCCUCAGAUUGGACAGUUUAGUGGGAACACAGCUCUGGAGUCUGUGUACUCGACCUCCAACAUCAUCCUCAUCAAAUUCCACUCUGACUUCUCUGGAGCCGGCUUCUUUGUCCUGAGUUACCAUGCUUACCAAUUAAGGGUUUGCCAGCCUCCUCCAGAAGUGCCCAAUGCUGACAUGCUGAUGGAGGAUGGAGAGCUGGAGAUAGGUGACAUCAUCCGGUACCGAUGCCAACCGGGAUUCUCGUUGGUCGGCAGUGAGAUUCUAACCUGUCGCCUCGGAGAACGAUUACAGAUGGAUGCACCGCCUCCAAUAUGCCAAGUCCAAUGCCCUGCACAUGAUGUGCGGUAUGACUCGUCAGGUGUGAUCUUAAGCCCCGGCUGGCCAGAAAGCUACCCUAAUCUUCAAAUGUGUUCAUGGAGUGUUACAGUCGAAAAAGGAUACAACGUCACCAUUACCUUUGAAAGUUUCCACACUGAGAGAGAGUUUGAUGUGUUGGAGAUUUUUGACGGUGCUACAGCAAACAGUCCAACGUUGGCAACACUGAGUGGUGACCUGCCAACACCCUUUAACCUCACAACCUCUGGUCAUCAGUUCCUGGUUCGCUGGUCCUCAGACCAUGGCACAAACAAGAAAGGCUUCAAAAUUCGCUAUGUUGCCCUCUACUGCUCCACUCCAGACUCCCCCUUCCACGGCUCCAUCUCCUCUCAGAGUGGCGGCCAUGUUAACAGUGUAGUACGCUGGGCUUGUGACCGAGGUUACCGUCUCAUAGGCAACGCCACAGCAACCUGUCGCCGCACAUCACUAGGCUACCAUGCCUGGGACUCUCCUGUGCCUGCGUGUCAAGCUGUCUCAUGCGGGGCGCCCAAGGCUCCGAUAAACGGCGGUGUUUUAACAGCUGACUACUCUGUCGGAACAAGAGUAUCCUAUUUUUGUAACGACGGGUACAGACUCUCCAGUAAAGAACUGACGUCAGCCAUCUGUCAGCCUGAUGGAACCUGGAGCAACCACAAUAAGAUACCACGAUGUUCGGUGGUCGUAUGUCCCAGCAUCGGAUCAUUUUCUUUGGAGCACGGCCGCUGGAGGAUUGUUAACGGCUCCCACUAUGAAUACAGAACUCGCAUUGUGUUCACCUGUGAUCCGGGAUACUACAGGUUAGGCCCUGCUCAUAUCCAGUGCUUGCCCAAUGGCAUGUGGAGCUGGAGAAAUGACAGGCCACACUGUCAAGUUAUCUCCUGCAGUGAACUGCAAUCUCCACCCAAUGGGAAGAAGAUUGGUACUCAGGCAUCAUUUGGUGCUACAGCCAUCUUUACCUGCGAUGCUGGCUUCAUGCUGGUUGGGUCAGCUGUCAGGGAGUGCCUGUCAUCUGGGCUUUGGAGUGGAACGGAAACAAGAUGCUUAGCUCUCCGCAUCAAUCGGUUCUCUGGCAAUGAAUCUGAUCUGUCUAAAUCUGUCCUUGCUUCUCUUUCAGCCGGUCACUGUGGGAUCCCAGAAAGCAUCGUAAAUGGCCAGGUCAUAGGGGAGAACUUUGGUUACCGUGACACGGUCGUGUAUCAGUGUCUGCCUGGCUUUCGACUAAUAGGCUCAUCAGUUCGAAUCUGUCUCCAGGACAACCAGUGGUCUGGACAGCUACCCGUCUGCAUACCAAUCAGCUGUGGCCAUCCAGGAAGUCCCAUAUAUGGUCGUACGGUGGGAAAUGGCUUCAACCUCAAUGAUGUGGUCAGCUUUGUCUGUAAUCGGGGUUAUGAAAUGGAGGGGCCCGCACGCGCUAAGUGUCAAGCCAAUCGCCAGUGGAGCCACCCGCCCCCAACGUGUAAAGUGGUCAAUUGCUCUGAUCCAGGCAUACCGGCCAACUCCAUUCGGCAGAGUAAAAUAGAGCAUGGGAACUUUACCUUUGGCACUGUGGUUUUCUACGACUGUAACCCUGGGUACUAUCUGUUUGGAUCACCUGUACUCACAUGUCAGCCUACUGGACAAUGGGACAAACCUCUACCUGAAUGUAUAGUUGUGGACUGUGGUCAUCCUGGCUCUCCCCCUAACGGUGUGCUGAGUGGAGAUAAGUUUACAUUUGGUUCAACGGUUCGAUACUCCUGUCUGGGUGGAAGACAGCUGAAAGGAGAAUCAUCCAGAACUUGUCAGCUCAAUGGGAUGUGGAGUGCCCCCAUGCCCUUCUGCUCUGGCGACACAGCUGGUUCCUGUGGCGAUCCUGGCAUCCCCUCCCAUGGUUCAAGGGAACAAACUGAUUUUAGGAUCCGUUCCAAGGUUUACUUCAGCUGCACAGAGGGCUAUGAUCUUAUUGGUUCUUCUGAGAGGAUGUGCUUUCCUAAUGGGACCUGGUCCGGCACGCAGCCCUUCUGUAAACCUGUCCAGUGUGGUAACCCUGGCACCCCCAGUAAUGGCAGAGUAUAUCGCUUGGAUGGAACAACGUUUUCUCACUCUGUCAUCUACUCCUGCAUGGAUGGCUACCUGCUCACCGGUGCCACCACCAGGUUGUGUCAGGCCAACGGGACCUGGUCAGGAGCACAGCCCAACUGUUCCAUGAUAAACUGCGGGGAUCCAGGUGUGCCAGCUAGCGGCCUUCGCUAUGGUGAAGACUUUACGAUUGGUCAGAAUGUUUCCUUCCAAUGCCAACCAGGAUACAGGAUGGAGGAGGAUGGAUCACCUGUGAGGACGUGCACUCAAAAUGGGACAUGGAGUGGGAAUAUGCCAAUAUGCACAGCGGUGACCUGCCCUGCUCCCCCUGCGAUCAGUAACGGGGUACUGCAGGGCAGUGACUUUGAAUGGGGCAGCAGUGUGAGCUAUAGUUGCUCACCUGGAUAUGAGCUUUCAUUCCCAGCUGUCCUGACCUGUGUAGCCAACGGCACCUGGAGCGGCAUGCUACCACAGUGCUUACCCAAGUUUUGUGGUGACCCAGGCACUCUAGUUGGUGGUUCCAGAGAGGGACGAAGUUUCAUCUAUCAAUCAGAAGUGUCCUUCAGUUGUGCCCCACCUCUCAUUCUGGUCGGCACAGCAACCAGACUUUGUGAAAGUGACGGUACCUGGAGUGGGACCCAGCCACGCUGUAUCGAACCUACCAAAACCAGCUGUGAUAAUCCAGGAACUCCUCGUUAUGGCUCCUUAAACCGGACCUACGGUUUCAAGGUGGGGAGUGUGGUUUCUUUUCAGUGCCAGCCAGGUCAUUUGAUUCAGGGCUCCUCCUCUAGAACCUGCCAGCCUGAUUUGACGUGGAGCGGAACACAACCUGAAUGCAUUCCCCAUGCCUGUAAGCAACCUGAGAGUGCGCUCCAUGUGGAUGUAGUGGGGAUGGAUCUCCCUGGUUUUGGCUAUACCUUGGUGUACAGCUGUCAGCCAGGCUACUUCCUAGCUGGGGGCUCUGAACACAGAGUUUGCAAGAGUGAUGGCACUUGGACUGGAAAGAUGCCUAUAUGUCGAGUUCCAGAUGACGUCUUUGCUCCUAACUACAUAUGGAAAGGAUCCUAUAAUUACCGUGGGAGGAAGCAGCCAAUGACACUGAGCAUCACCAGCUUCAACUCCACGACAGGGAGGGUCAAUGUUACCCUUAGCAACAGCAACAUGGAACUGCUCCUAUCAGGAGUGUAUAAGGCUUCUGAGGCCAGGCUGCUCCUGCUGAUGUACCAGGUGAACUAUGUGAACCAGGGAAACCAGCUGAAGGAUUCAGCCAUCUCUCCAGCCAAAAUCAUAGAUGACUCCUGGACCAUGGAUGGAUUUGUAUCAGCAGAGCCUGAUGGUUCUAGUUAUGUGUUCCAAGGUUUCAUUCAGGGAAAAGACUAUGGACAGUUUGGACUUCAACGACUGGGUCUCAAUAUGUCGGAGAGUCAGAACUCGCCACCGCCUCAGCUUGGUACUAACAGCAGUUCUGUGGCUAUCGCAAUUCUGGUGCCUUUCUUCGCUCUAAUCUUCACUGGCUUUGGCUUCUAUCUCUACAAACAAAGAACCACACCAAAAACACAGUACACAGGCUGCUCAGUCCAUGAAAACAACAAUGGCCAGGCUGCCUUUGAGAAUCCCAUGUACAACACCAAUGCCAAGGCGGUGGAAGGGAAGGCUGUUAGAUUCGAUCCAAAUCUAAAUACUGUCUGCACCAUGGUCUGA